GUAGGAGAGAUAUUGUUUUUUCGAUGCAUGUAUCUUAUGUUCUUCCCAGUGCUCGUUUGAAUUUCAUUGAGUUUUUAUUGAUUGGAGCAGUAUGUAAAAAGUUAUUAAUCAUAAGUCAUUAGUUGCCGUGAGUGUCAAUGGAUUAAUUCAUUUAUUGAAAGGAUUCGUCGAGAAAUAACUCAGUUAUAUUUGUCACUGCGCUACAUUCUGCUGGCGAUUAUUUUGGAGGAUUGUAACUUUUGAAAGAAUUGCGCUGUCACCAGUCUGCACCAGCCUGUCAAAGACUGUCAUGUGGAUAAUUAACAACCCUCAACAAUCGAACGCCAUGGAUCAACUUUUCGACGACAUAAUCAAGGAGUGCACUUACGCAGUUCCAGGUGGACGUCUAUCCUACGCUGUUAGAAAUAAAUUGGAGAAACACAAAAAAUCAGUUCGACGAGAGAUAGUGAGUCGCAUAAAAGACGAUUGUGCACCUCUCUUCAUAGCUUGCAAAAGAGGUCACGUUGAAAUAGUAGAAUACCUCAUCACGGUAUGUGAUGCUGACAUUGAGCAGCGGGGUCUGUACGAGGUGCCUGACGACAGAUCAGUUCACUGUGUCACACCACUUUGGUGUGCAGCAGUUGCUGGAAAAUUGCCUGUGAUAAAGUGUUUGAUUUCACACGGUGCCGAGGUGAAUGCAGUCUCUGACACUGGCUCAACACCAGUAAGAUCCGCCUGCUUCAUGACAUAUCUAGAAAUUGUUGAAUAUCUCGUUGAGCACGGAGCUGACAUUCUGCGUGCUAAUUACAAUGGGGGUACAUGCUUGAUAAAUUCAGUACAGAGUGUCGAAUUGUGUACAUAUUUGUUGAGACACGGUGCUGAUGUCAAUGCAAGGGACAUCCAAAAUAAGACUGCCUUACAUUAUGCAAUUCAGGAGCAUAGAUUUGAAACGACUAAACUAUUUCUAGAGCACAAUGCAGAUCCACAUUCGAAAUCGAGGUACAAUGACGACGCCCUGCAGACUGCAUGUCUCAAGGGAGCAAUACAGAUUUUUGAUUAUCUCGUGGAGAAUGUCUCAUAUUCACCGGAACGACUGGCCAAUGCCAAUGAAUUAAUGGGCUCGACAUUCUUCGAUGAACAUGGAGAUAUUGCAGCGGCAUUAAUCUACUGGAGAAAGGCUAUGGAUAUCAGGAUGGAAAAUAUGGAAGAAGGGCAGGUCCUUCAGAAGAGACCUGUUAUGCCAAAGAGGGAAAGUUUCAGGAAUGCUGUCGAGUUCUCGACACUUGAUGAGCUCAACUCAAUUGCUUUCGAUCUCGAUGCCAUUAGAAUACAGAGCUUGCUUAUUUGUGAGAGGAUACUAGGGGAAAAUCAUAAGGAUACACUUUAUAGACUGAUGUACCGAGGUGCCAGUUAUGCUGAUGCACUGAGGUACCAAAAUUGCAUCGAUUUGUGGAAGAGAACUCUAGAAAUUAGGGUGGAAAGGGAUUCUAUUUUAUAUACAGAUACAUGUUUCACUGCUCAAGCUAUUGUUAAAAUAAUGGUGGAUUUGAACGAAGCGACGACAGAUCGAAUUCGUGAUAAGGACGAGCCAAGAUUCUGUGAUGUGGUUGCGGUAUUUAAAUUGCUCACAAGCCAGCUGUGCGAAGCUCGAGAAAUACUCGAGAAGCGUCCAGUGUACAAACGCCAUCAGGAUAGUUACGAUCAUAUCUUGAAGUGCGUGACACAUUUGAUUUAUCUCUUGGUAGAAACUGCUCAGACUAAGGGCCAAAAGACUGAGGCUCAUCAACUCGUUCGCGAGUUAGUCCGGAGAAAUCCCAGAUCAGCGUCAACAGGAGAUAGUCUGCUACAUCUUUGUGUUUCCAGUUUGAACUCUAUUACUUCUAGUUAUUUCACUUCUGAUGAAAAAAUGGUUGUCUUCCCCCAUACAGACGUCGUUAAAUUACUCCUUGAUUGUGGUGCUCACGUGAAUGCUAGGAAUGAAUCACGUUCAACUCCACUUCACAUCGCAAGCAAUGCUUACAACUUUCUUAAUCCAUUGAUAAAACUACUCCUCGAUUACGGAGCACACCUCGACAUUCCCAAUCGAGUUGGCGACACUCCAGCAAAGAUAAUAUCCUCAAACCCCCACAACAAUAUAAAUCUCGUCAACUACAUGACUUUAAGGUGCUACGCAGCUCAGGCAAUAUUCAAAUACGGAAUUCAUUGCACUGAGCUGCCUGUAACGCUGCGCCAAUUUCUCGAAUACCACAGACCACAUUGUAUCAACAUGUAAAUGAUACAAUAACUUUUCAAAUUAAGUAUUCUUGAAGUUUAUCACUUAUUUGACGGUAUGACCCGCAAAGGAUUGAUGAAAUUAAUUCUUUCCGAGUUAUCAUUGUCAAAUUUUACAGAAGAAUUAUUAAACUAUCAAAGAAAUUAUUACUAACUUUAGAAUUAACACAAGGCGAUAUAAGUAUUGGAUGACUUGGUCCAUAAAUUGGAAUGUUGAGUCCUAUUUUUUUUCAGUCGUGUUCGGCAAAAUAGAAAAUUAUGACUUUUCGAUAACUAUUCACGUACGUUAUUAAAAUAUUAGCUUUAUUAAAACUAAUGUCGCCAUAGAAUGAUCGAGGCCUGAGAAUAUCGUUUGAGAAAAGUCACGGCCUUUCACUUCUACCGAUUCUCACUAUUUCAUAAAAAAUAAA